CCAAAAGUGAAAACUUCUUUUCUUGCGAAAACUUCAGGCAUCAAGAAAUCAAAGUUGACAUUAAUGCUUCCUCCUUCAACUGAAGCAAUAAAGCGAAAAACAAACAGAAGCUCAAGGAAGUAAGGAAGAGGCAUUGAAAUCUUCCACCAAAAUCAAAGAAGGCAAUCCAAAGCGAGAUAAACUCACUACUGCCAGAUCAAGCUGGGGAAGAUAACAAGCUACGAAGAUAUUUGUCCCACAUAACUAGCUUCUAGAUCAAGAGAAACAGUGGGGAAUUUUUUGUAUUGGGAUAUAUGAUUUCAUUUGGUUCUUGAUAAAAAUCAGCAUCAAUUAAAAUAAUAAAUAAAAAUUCAGACCUUGCGCUUUAACAAAGUCAUGGCACCACAUAUGAUUUUUUAUUUCUUUCACUCGCGCAUUCCCAGCGUUAACCCUUUACUAGUUCAGUGUGUAUAAUGGGCGCUAAAUUAUAAAACCGAGUGUCAGUAGAAUUGUCGUGGAACUAUGAGUUUUCAAUGCCUAAAAUCAAAUUUACAGACCCAUCUUUUUCUGCGACUGCCUUCCUCAAGGUUGUGUUUCCUCUCUUUGUGUUGCUCCAUAUCAUCCGCAAAUGCGUUCCCCAAACCCACUUCUUUGUGUAAUGAACAUAUCCUUAUGUCCCUUCUCAAGAAAUGCUCUUCCAUGAAAUAUUUGCACCAAAUCCAUGCUCGUAUUAUCCAAUCUGGCUUUCAACAAAACCUCUUUGUCAUUGGCAGAGUUAUACUGUUUUGUGCUGAUUCAGAGCGCGGAGAUAUGAAUUACGCCAUUUCAGUUUUUGAAGAUAUUGGAAACCCAGAUGGGUUUCUUUGGAAUACAAUGAUUAGGGGUUUUAGCAAGACUUCUAUGCCUCAAAAAGCCUUUGAUUUCUAUAAGCGAAUGCAAGGGAAAGGAUUGGUGGCCGACAAUUUCACUUUCUCUUCCUUGCUCAAGGUUUGUGGCCUGCUGGGCUCUGUUUUGUUGGCCGAACAAAUGCAUUGUAGUGCUUUAAAGCAUGGUCUAGAAUCACAUGUCUUCGUUAGGAACAAUCUAAUUCAUAUGUACAGCAUGUUCAAGGACAUUGAAACGUCACGCCAGCUGUUUGAAGAAAUUCCCUAUCCAGAUUUAGUCGCAUGGAACACAAUUAUCGGUUGCUAUGUCUAUUGCGGCAAGUGCAAAGAAGCACUUGAUACGUUCACUCGGAUGUUGCAAUUUGGCAUAGAGCCUGAUGAAGCCACAUUAGUUGAGACCCUUGCAGCAUGUUCUGCACUGGGAGCAUUAGAUUUUGGGAAAUGGAUUCAUUCUUGUAUCAGUAAUACUAGUCUUGGUAGCAUUUUGAAGGUCAAUAAUUCUCUGGUUGAUAUGUAUGCUAAGUGUGGAGCUGUUGGAGAAGCCUAUGACGCAUUCUAUAGGAUGACAAAGAGGAAUACAAUAACAUGGAACACAAUGAUUUUGGGGCUAGCAACUCAUGGCCGCUCAAAUGAGGCAUUGGCGCUAUUUUCCGAAAUGUUAGAACAAAAGCUUUUGAAACCAGAUGGUGUAACUUUCCUGGGAGUUCUGUGUGCUUGCAACCAUGGCGGGAUGGUGGAAGAAGGAAGAAGAUUCUUUGAUAUUAUGAGCAAAGAAUAUCUUAUACAACCAACAAUAAAGCAUUAUGGGUGCAUGGUCGAUAUUCUGGGUCGUGCUGGGUUUGUAGAAGAGGCCUAUGGUUUGGUUAGUAACAUGCCAAUGGAUUGUAAUGCCAUCGUAUGGAGGACGCUGUUGGCCGCUUGCAGGUUGCAUGGAAAUGUUGAACUUGGGAAGAAGGUGCGGAGGCAUCUUUUGCAAUUAGAUCCAAAUCACAGCAGCGAUUAUGUUCUUCUUUCAAGCAUUUAUGCGAGUGCAGGGCAGUGGAAUGAAGUAAUGAAAGUGAGGAAAUCAAUGCAAAAGGGGGGCGUUCAGAAACCUGAGCCUGGCAAUAGCUUCAUUCGUAUGCAUCCUAGCAUGAGGAGAGAUUAAGUUCCUCCGAAGACAGCACAAAUACGAGUUACCUUGUAAUCAUAAUUUUGACAAUGGAGAUUUCAGAUUUGAGUUAUGGAGUCGAUCAGCUUGUUCUAAGGCAAAAGGGUAAUGCUACUGCAACUUGAGUUAUGCCGUAAUUUGGAAAUGUUCACGAGAGAGUAAAACUGAAUAAUUUGCGAAUUCUAAAGAUCUUGUAGAUUUUCCUGGUGGUGGCAGUAAGAUUGUGAUCUCUGUCCAAGAAAAAUAUCGGUACAUAAAAGAUGUCUCUAGUUUAUAAUGCAACAUCACCAGCCAAAUUUUUCGUCGCUGUUAAAAGUUGAAGUAGUUUGUUUAUUUGGUGACUAGGUAAUCUAGGUGGAUUUCUUUUGUUUGUGGUCCUUCCAUUCCUUGAUCUCUGCAUCUAUCUUUGCCUUGACGCUUGCGUGAAACCCCGAAUAUGGUUCAUAGCGAAAGGCUGUCUGAAGAACCUGUAAUGAUAACACUAUAAUCAAUAUUGAUGUCAUUUCUCGAAUUUCAUUGAGAUUUAAAACAGAACCUUGUUCUGGUACAGAAUCAAAUGGCAAACCUCAAGCAAUACAAAGAAAGGAGCCAUCAGAAAAGCUUGUGCAAGGUUAUCAAGGAGAGCAGGAGCUCGUUUCUACAGCAGAAUACAUCAGUUAGGAUUACAAAUUUAAAGGUAACUGGAAGUAACAUUUAUUAUUCACUAAUCACAAUAUUAUGGAAUACAAAGUACGUACCUCAAACACCCCAUGGCCUAGAAACUGUCCAGUCCAACAAAACAACUGUGCUGCCAGCACAACCUAAUUUAAAUUGAUGUUGUAGCGAGUUUAGUGUUUCAAAUCAAAUCUAAGUACAUAGAAAUACUAUUAUCCUUCGAUUCAAGAAAUCAAUAGCUGACACUGUCAAGCAUGCCAGUUUACUUAGCAAGAUAACCAAAGUACAGAAGAGUUUAUCAAUCCUUUAUUAUCUGGAAAUAGCUCCUAGGAAUCUUCCUAACUGUUGCAGCAAGCAGACUUAAAGGCUUGUCAUUUUCUUUUCAAUAACACUUAUACAUAUGAUGGAUAACACGACUCUAUAUAGUUAUGAACAAAAUAACUUUGUUAAAUUUGG